AUGGAAAAUAAGGAACCUGGCUCUGGAAAUAAACCACCUGAAAGAGAAGAGAACAUUGGAGCAACGUUUGAAAGUAAACAAUGUUCGCAGGUCAAAAGGGGUAUGCCGGUCUUACUCCAGGUUAUACCUGUCACUGUACAUGGUCCAAAUGGAUAUUUGAACACCCAUGCAAUGCUGGACAGUGGUAGUACAUGCAGUUUGGUCUUAUCUAGUGUUGCUGAAAAACUUGGUUUGGAAGGUUCAGAGGAACGAAUUAUAUUGAAUGGAAUUCAGGGAACUUCUGAACUGAAUUCGAGACGAGUUAAUACUCAAGUAAGUGCAGUCAAUAUGGUGACACCACGUUUUGAUGUGAACGGAGCAUUGGUUGUUGAGCACUUGAAUAUUGCCCAGCAGAAGGUGAACUUGGUGGAUGUAAAGUCUAAAUGGCCGCAUCUAAAGGAAAUAGACAUACCGGAAGCGAGUAGUUGUGAUGUUUCGUUGCUUAUUGGUAGUGACUGUCUAGACAUUAUCUUACCCAUUGCGACACGAUGUGGUCCUAGAGGAACUCCAGUUGGAAUUCGUACAAAGCUUGGUUGGACGAUAACUGGACCUCUUCCGGGUUAUAUUCGGACAUCCGAGGGUAUCUUCCAUACUUAUGUUCGUUCACCUGAUGAAGAGCUUCACAACCAAGUAAAGUUGUGGUGGCGUACUGAGGAAUUUGGAUGCAAGUAUGACGUGGAAACCCAAAGGUCGGUUGAAGAUGAGAAUGCAAUGCGGAUCCUGGAAGAGACAACAAAGAAAGUCGAUGGUAGAUAUGAAGUUCCACUCCUCUGGAAGAAUGGUGGAUCUAUGCAGAAUAAUCGAACAGUAGCUGAACAUCGCCUUGCAUUGUUGGAAAGGCGAUUACAACGUGAUCCGAACCUCGCUGAAGCAUACAAAGAGACUAUCCAUAGGGACCUGGAGAAAGGAUAUGUUAAAAGGAUUGUUCUUAAUGAAGGUGCUACUGAAGAGAAGCAAUGGUAUUUACCGCAUCAUCCGGUUUUGAAUCCAAAUAAGCCUGGAAAGGUUAGACGAGUUUGCGAUGCUGCUUGUAGAUAUCAAGGAUCCUCACUUAACGAUCAUCUUAUAACUGGUCCUGAUCUACUUAAUUCCUUAACGGGAAUUUUUAUGAGAUUCCGUGAAGAAAAGAUUGCAUUAUCAGCGGACAUUGAAGCAAUGUUUAGUCAAGUCGCUGUGCCGAAAGAGGAUCAAACGGUACUACGUUUCUUGUGGCGUGAUUCUACUGACUCGGACACAGAAACUUACCAAUAUCAAAGGCAUAUAUUCGGAGCUAAGUGUGCUCCUACCUGCGCUAAUUAUGCACUUUGUCGAAAUGCCAAGGAUAACGAACACGAAUUUCCUGAUGCAGCCGCUGCUGUUGAACGUAAUUUCUACAUGGACGACUUCUUUAAGUCUGUUGAUUCGGUAACGAGAGCUAUUAAGCUUUGCAAUGAAUUGGUUGAGCUGUGCCAGAGGGGAAAGUUUCGUCUAACAAAGUGGAUUUCCAACGAUCGUCGUGUAAUUGAGAAGGUACCGGAAACCGAACGAGCUGUAUCUGUUAAGACAAUGAACGAGUGUACGGACAUGCCUGUCGAGAGAGCACUUGGUGUUGGUUGGGACACACAAAGAGAUAAUUUUGUGUUCAUUGUCAAGAAAAAGCCUUCAGCGCAAACCAGAAGGCAACUUCUUAGUAUUAUGGCAUCACUGUUUGAUCCUCUUGGCUUCUUAGCGCCAUUUUUGGUGAGAGCGAAAAUUCUUCUUCAAAGAGUCUGGCAACUUGGAUUGGCUUGGGACGACAUUCUACCACAAGAUCUGUUGGAAGAAUGGCAACUAUGGGAAGCGGAGUUGCUCAUGAUCAGGGAAUUUUCAGUUCCAAGAUUCUAUAGACAGGUUGAUGAGUACCCAGGAGAUAUUGAAGUCCACAUCUUUGGGGACGCCAGUGAAUUAGCGUUUUGCUCGGUUGGAUUCCUACGGUUUAAAUAUGCCGAUGGAUCAGUAAAGUGUGUUUUCGUGAUCGCAAAAACUCGCGUGGCACCAACAAAGAAGUUAAGCAUACCGAGACUCGAGUUGCAAGCUGCAGUCCUGUGUGUGAGAUUAGCGAGUGUGAUUAUCAAAGAGCAUGACUACAAAGAUUCACUUUUGGUCUGACAGCACAACUGUACUGCAUUGGAUACGUGGAACUUCGACAAGACACCCGUCAUUUAUCGCAAAUCGGCUAAGUGAGAUUUUGGAUGCGACAGAAGCCAGUCAGUGGCAUUACUGCCCAAGCAAGUUGAACCCAGCGGACGAUGGUACUCGAGGGCUGCCAGUUUUAUCCAUUACGACAAGUAAUCGAUGGCUUACGGGACCCGAGUUCCUUUUGCUUGAUGAGUCACAAUGGCCGGAAGACGUUACAAACCGAGUGGUCAACGAUAACAUUCCAGAUGUUGUUACUGAAAGCGAUGUUCAGUUUACCGGAAAAGUGACGACUCAGAGUGAACCGGAAGAACUAGUUAACCUUGCCAGAUACUCUUCGUACUCUCGCGCGUUGACUGUUAUGGUGUAUGUACAACGAUUACUGCGUAACUGCAAAGUACCCGUGUCUGAAAGAACGUUUGGUAGUCCGUUAGUCGAAGAACUCGAAAAAGCAAAGAAAACUCUGAUUCGCCAAGAGCAAAUUAAAACAUUCACUUCGGAAUUUAGAGAGCUUAAACGUGGACGUCCUGUGCACAAGCAAAGUAAAUUAGUAUCUUUGACACCCUUCUUAGACGAAGAUGACAUAAUACGCGUUGGUGGUCGCAUUGGAAAGGCUGCUAUACCUUUUGUUACUCGGCAUCCGAUCGUAUUGGAUUCUAGUGGUGAUCUAACCAAACUAAUUGUCAUGGAUACCCACAACAAGCUUGGACACGCGGGAGUGGACAAUGUUCGAAACGAGCUUCGACAGCAGUUUUGGAUCCUUCGCUGUAAAGCCACGAAGAAUUAUUGA